GUAAAAUUUAUAUCGUUUUCAAUUGGAAAAAAUGGCGUUGAAUUUGGCACACCAGAUUGGGGCUCUUUCCGGGACACAGAUAGCGGCGGAAUUCACCACCGGAGAACAAUCAUCGUCGGCGCCGGCGAAUGUGUCUGGAGUCCGGAAACUUCCAUUGGCGAAUCUCCGGUGCAAGUCCCCUGUGGAGACCGUAUCCCCUCCUAUGUUAACUCCACCGCUGACACCGCGUAGCGCGGCGAACAGGUCGGGUAUGAUGAGUCCGAUGCUGCGUGCGGAUCUUUCCUCCGCCUGCCAGGCGUACGGGACGUUAGCUCCUCUGGAGACGGCGGAGGAGGAGUCUCCGGCGGUGGCGUGGAAGCGGGGAGGUAAGAAAGAGGAGAAGGGAGGGGUUCCGGUUUACGUGAUGAUGCCGUUGGAUAGCGUGACGUACGGGAACACGGUGAAUAGGAAGAAGGCGAUGAAUGCGAGCCUACAGGCGCUGAAGAGCGCAGGGGUGGAGGGGAUAAUGAUCGACGUUUGGUGGGGACUGGUGGAGAGGGAAGAGCGGGGUGCUUACAAUUGGGGUGGCUACGCCGAGCUUCUCGAGAUGGCCAAGAAACACGGCCUUAAGGUCCAGGCUGUCAUGUCGUUCCAUCAGUGCGGCGGCAACGUCGGUGACUCUUGCACAAUUCCUUUGCCCAAGUGGGUUACAGAGGAGAUGGACAAAGACCCAGACCUUGCAUAUACUGAUCAAUGGGGAAGAAGGAAUUAUGAAUACGUUUCACUUGGUUGCGAUAUCCUUCCUGCCUUAGAAGGCCGUACGCCUGUUCAAUGUUAUGCUGAUUUCAUGCGUUCCUUUAGGGACAAUUUCAAACAUCUCCUUGGUGAUACCAUUGUGGAAAUCCAAGUCGGAAUGGGUCCGGCAGGUGAGCUUCGGUAUCCUUCCUACCCCGAAGCAAAUGGGACAUGGAAGUUCCCUGGAAUUGGAGCCUUCCAAUGUUAUGAUAAGUACAUGCUUAGCAGCCUAAAGGCUGCAGCCGAAGCGGCUGGUAAGCCGGAAUGGGGAAGCACCGGGCCAACCGAUGCUGGUCACUACAACAAUUGGCCAGAAGAUACACCAUUUUUCAAGAAAGAUGGUGGUGGUUGGAAUAGUGAGUAUGGUGAAUUCUUCCUUUCCUGGUAUUCUCAGAUGCUGUUGGAACACGGUGAGAGGAUACUUUCGUCAGCGACAUCGGUUUUCGAUGGUGAAACUGUGAAGAUCUCUGUGAAAAUAGCUGGAAUCCACUGGCAUUAUGGAACCCGAUCCCAUGCUCCCGAACUCACUGCAGGGUACUAUAACACAAGGUACCGAGACGGUUACCUCCCGAUCGCUCAAAUGCUAGCACGCCAUGGUGCCGUUUUCAACUUCACUUGCAUAGAGAUGCGUGAUCAUGAGCAGCCUCAAGAUGCGCUAUGUGCACCCGAGAAGCUGGUCAAGCAAGUAGCUUUAGCUACUUCAGCAGCGCAAGUUCCACUGGCCGGGGAGAAUGCACUUCCCCGCUAUGACGAAUACGCACACGAGCAGAUCUUACAAGCAUCGUCAUUGGAUGUCGAUGGCUCUCCGGUCGAUAAAGAGAUGUGUGCAUUUACAUACUUGAGGAUGAACCCAUCGCUGUUUCAUCCGGAAAACUGGAGACGGUUUGUAGGGUUCGUGAAGAAGAUGAAUGAGGGGAAAGGUGCUCGUCGGUGUUGGGAGGAGGUGGAGCGGGAAGCUGAACAAUUCGUGCAUGUGACACAGCCUUUCAUCCAGGAGGCCGCUGUUGCCCUUAUGCACUAGCACAGGGGUCUUGUACUGUAGGGCGGUGGUAGCUUAGUAUAAAGUUUGGAUCAAUAACAGUGCCACAUAUGCCUUCCUUUUUCACUCAUUUUUUUUCUUUUCCAACGGAAAAAUGCAUGUUGUGUAAUUUAGUAUUCCGAUUUUACUUUGUACCACAUAGUUGAAGCUCUUUCAUCUUCCA